AUGGAAGCAAGAAGGAGAAUGGCUGCCUGCUGGAAAGGAAAUUUAGUUUCUGUGGUAAUGAAGUAUGUAAGAGACAUCAGCCUUAAGCUAGGUGAUUAUAAUGUUUAUAGAACCAGUGAUUACAGAGCAGAAGUAAUUGAGACUAAUGAGAGGCAUGAAGUAAUUCUAAAUGAACAAAGGUAUUCUUGUCGUCUGUGGGAGGUCUCAGGCAUUCUUUGUGUGCAUGCUGCAACUUUUAUUUGUAGUAUGAGAGGUGCAAAUUUGGAAAAUUAUGUCUCAGAAUACUUCACCGUUGCCAAGUAUAAGGCUGCCUAUGCAUUAGAAAUUGGACCAUUACCUGACAAGGCCCAAUGGAUAAAAGUUGAUAUUGGAUACAAGGUAUUGCCUCCUAAGCUCAGUCUAAGACCUCCAGGAAGGCCUAAAAAGAAGAGAAUUAGGGGUACAGAUGAGAAUACAUCGAAGAAGAUGCACAAAUGUAAGCGUUGCGAUGAGCUUGGGCAUCAUGCAAAGACUUGCAAAAAUCCAGUAAUGGAGGAAUCUCAAGCUUCAAUAUCCUCUUCUUUUGCACUGAAGAAGCUUGGGAGAUAA